AUGGCAGAAGCUCCGAAGGUGAAUAAUAUUGAACAGUACCUGACAGACAAGACAUGGGUUGAUAACCCUGAGGUCUUGCCUUGGUAUGUCAGGGACCUGGUUGACCUCCAGCCAACGACCAAAGAGCUUUUCGAGACAUACAGCAAGGUCCCAUCAGAUGAGGUGGUACCUCAUAUCACACAGAUCAGGAACAAGGCCUUCAAGAUUUUUCCGUACCCAUGUCUCGGACACUGGGGGUUCCUUAACUUGAACAUCCAGAAGUCAGACGCCUACAGUGAGGUACUUCGGCGUAUCAAGGAGGGCGAGCAGUACCUGGACAUCGGCUGCUGCAUGGGUCAAGACAUACGUAAGCUUGUGUACGAUGGCGCACCCUCAGACAAGAUGCACGCUUCAGAUUUGAAAGGCCAAUUUUGGGAUGUUGGCUACGAGCUGUUCCUGGACAACUCAUCACUGAAGGCGACCUUCAUCGAGGCCGACAUCUUCGAUGACCAGUCGGGUCUACACCAACUGGCUGGCAAGCUCGACAUUGUGCACACAGCAUCAUUCUUCCAUUUGUUCGAUUGGGACGGCCAGGUUGCUGCGGCCAAGAAAAUUGUAGGCCUGUUCAGACCUGAUUCGAAUAGUCUACUCAUUGGCCGUCAAGCUGGACGUGCAGAAGCCGGUGAUUUCACAACUCAGGUAGAGAAGACUAAGGAUCGCUACUGGCACAACCCGGAGUCGUGGGCGAGAUUGUGGAAGCAAGUCGGUGAAGAAACCUCCACGAAUUGGAAUGUUGAGGCCGAUUUCGACGACAGGACUGACUUGUUUCGCCAAAAGUCUGGCAUGGCUGACUUUAUCCCUCAAGACACCAAGUUCAUGAGGUUCAUCAUCCGGAGGGCAUGA